AUGCUCCGCUUUUUGGUUCUCGCUGGCUUAGCAGCUUCUGCUACAUCAUCAGGUGGCGUUUUUGAAGAUGGACCGUGUCCACCAAUCAAAACAAAGGCCAACUUCGACUUCAACGCGUACUCCGGGACGUGGUAUGAAAUUACGAGGUUCCCUAACAUUGGUGAGGAAUACGACAAAGGCAAAUGCACAACCGCUGAAUACUACGUUGACGGUAACAGGGGUAAGGUGAAGAACACCCAUGUCGUUGACGGUUUGAAGACAUAUAUCGAGGGUGACCUUACCUUGAUUGGACCUGCAAAGAUCAUGCUCACGUACACCUUCGGAGUGUACUCAUGGAUCAAGUCCAGGGGCAAGACCCUUGACGGUAACUCCAAGAUUGCUGUUGAGAAGUUCUUAGCCGACAACUCCAAGAUAAUUGACAAAUCCAAAUACAUCACAAACGACCACUCUGACCAAACAUGCAAAGCUUAUACAACUAAGCCUAUAAUACAGUUCCCCGAAGAUCUAAGUAAUCCGAACUAUAUCGAC